UUGAAGCCUGGAAGGAUGUGGAGGGGUAAUGUUGGCUAUUGUAUUUUGAAAGUGUAUGUUGUCGGUAGGCGGUCUGGCCGGUCUGGCCUUUCAGAAACAGCAUUUAGUGGUAGUGCGUCGUGUUCGUGUGUGAGCAAACUUGUGAUAGAAGCCCAACCAGCUACUCCAGAUAUCGACCUGCAUUUUACAACCCCGAAUUCGGCACAUAAAAGUAGAGGAGAGUAGAACGGUGCAGUGCUAUGUUUACAAGCUGCAGAAUGUGCGGGUAGCGCUUGUCUUCUGCGUAUGAGGUGAUGAUGGAUUAAAUUCAUGGCAUCAUGGGAAUGAAUGGAAUGUGCCGAACGUACUGAUUAAGAAUUGCUGCUGAGGCCAACCACCAGGCGUGACAACAAUCAGCUGUUGCAGGAUUGUUUUGAGAAACGUCGGCCCAGAAAUGAAGCACAGCGAUGGAAAGGGAGGAGGAGAGAGUGAAGAUAACGGAGGACUAGGCGAUAACUUGCUAGGGAGACACGGGAUGUGUUCUGAAGAACCAGAGGACUUAGAUGAGACUAUCACCGAUGAGAAUGUUUCUCAAUAUGUAAUGAAUCAAUUGAAAGAGAAGCCUUUGAAUGUGUCUUGUGUUGUGGGAGAUUUGAAGGAUGAGUUAAAUGAUUUGGACAAUACAAAACAAAGCUUGAAAGAUGAAGCAAACGAGAGUGAACUUUUUGAGGUGGAAAGUGUUAACACCAUAGAUUCCUCACAUAAACGUAACAGUGUAGAUCUUGUUAUCUGCAAAGCAGAUGUAGUUAUUAGCUGCAAAGAAAUGGAUAUGUAUCAUUUGAAUAUUGAUGAUACUGAGACACCACAUGAUGAUGGAAAUAAAGCUGAAGGAAAUGCCAUGGAUAUGUUGAACAUGACAGUUAUUGAAAACGUGGAUUUUAGGGUCAUUGGGAGAAGUGGUAAGGUGACUGGUGAUGGCAGUGACAGUGGAGUUGAAGUAAGUGGGUGUGUUUCACUUGGGGGAAGAGAAACUUCACCAGCAUUGUUGAGGGCUUUCAGUACUAACAGUGGUGGAUACACCAGUAGCUGUGGAGGUCUUGAAGAUUCCCUCACAGCCAGCACAGCCACACCAGUUGCUUCCUGUGACUCAAGCCUCAUCAGCUGCUAUUCAACAUAUGAAGAGACAGAGGAUAUUGUUACUAGCACAACUAUAUUGGUGCCUGCUGAUGGUGAAGGGACAAGUGAAGGUGGUAGUGAAAGCUCCUCAGUAGCAAGCAAAGAUAUUAGAAGUGGCAAGAAUGGUUCUAGCAAGAGAGUAAUGCCUGGUUCUAGCAGGGUCAAUGUUAAGAAACGAACCCCAACAACAGAAGCAGCAAAAAGUACUAGUAGUUCUCUGAUUGGUAAAACGAGAAGAUCACCUCUGACAACUACACCUGUGAAUUCUUUGCGACCAAAAUCCACAUCAUCACCCCACCAGACUCCUGUGAUAAGUAAAACUCCUUCAUCUAAUGUGGGGACAACUACUGCAGUCAAAGCGUCUGCCACCAAUAGCAGUUCCCAUAAACAGGAGAAAGUAUCGGCUACAGUAACUGCUUCAUGUGGUACAAUAAAAUCUAGUUCUUAUAAAUCCUCAACAUCUGGAAACAGUUCAAAAUCAUCUUCUGUGUCAAAAUCUGUGUGUGGCAAUGUAAUAGCUGUUAUGAAAGGACAAACUAAGGACAGUUCCUUAUCUAGUGGAUCAGAAAGUAGGAAAAAUAUUGUUUCAGUGUCUGCUUCUGAAAGGGGAAGAGGAACUAGAAAUUCUUCCAGCAUGAGAAGCAAAGUUAUUGGAGGUACUGAUGAUGGUCGCUGGCCAUCUUCAGCCAAUAAGUCCCAUUCAAGUGCACCAAGGUCACGUGGUGGUAGUGUUGUUGAUGGACAGCCACGAAAGUUAAAUGUUUCAGGUUCAUCUUCUGUGGUAAGUAGUUCAUUAAUGGAAAGUAAAGCCACUGCACUGGAAAAAUAUGCUACUCUCCCACGUCGACGAAGGUGCAAGUCUCCUGAGGUUCAUACCACAUUAGAAACAACUGUAAGAAGCCACUCUGUGAGCCGUGACCCAAGUCUGAACAGAGCAGCAAGUUUACGUAAGCAGCAUCACCAGAGAGAAGGUAGCAACCUUAAUAAGAGCCUUCCACCAUAUCCACGCAGAAGAUAUCAUGGUAGAACAGUCAUUUACCAUGAAGCCAGCAGUCAGACAGCACUCACAGUCAGUGAUGUGGAAAAAGCUCUGGCAGAUGUUGCUGUAAAAGAACUGAAACCUCUUGAGGCCAUUGAGACUCAGGAUCAGGAAGUACAGGUUAACCAAAGAAUUGAGGAGGUGGAGUACUUAGAGUUCCAACUGAAGCUUCUGACUGAGGGCCACACCCAAUUAAAAGCUGACUCAGCACGACAGACAGAAGAAUUGACUAGUAAGAAUCAGCUGCUAGAGGUAGAGAGGGCAGAAAAGUUGGCUUUAAGGGAGAAACUGGAUUUGUACUCUCAGCGAGUUCUUGCCAUGCUGAGAAAUGCCAAGGGAGAUCACUUAGAUGAACAUGAUGGUGUAGACCAUCUGCAAGCUUUGGAGAUAUACCUUCAGUCAUCCAGUAAUGUGGCUGUAAAACAGCAACAAGAGAUUAAUGAGCUCCAGACACUUUGCCAUACUCUGAAGAAGGACCUAGAGAAGAGCUUGGCAGCUCAGAAGACACUUCUGCAGCAACAGCAAGAGAUAGAGGCUGAGUCUAUUGAGUUACAGGAGUUCCUGCAGGCAGAAAAAUCAACUCUAGCCGAUGCACUUAGAGAUUCUGAAUUAGAGAUAAGAAAGCAGAGGCAGCACCUGUCACAAAAGGACUGUGAACUGGAACGACAGCAGGAGGAAUGUAAGCACUUAGUGAGAAUCAGUGAGCAGCGAAGGCAAGAAAACCUAGCUCUGCAAGCUCAACUGUGUAGCUUGGAGCAGCGUAGUCGUGAACUCUUGCUGCAACAAGGAGCAGCAGUGUCAGGUGCAGCUGUGGCACUGUCUGGCCUCAGUUCUCGACUGGAUGGACUUGUUGAACAACUAGUGAUGUCAUAUAACAUCUCGGAGAAAGACCUGGAGGUAGUGGCAGCAUUGCUAGUUUCAUCCAGUGCUGCCAGGGGUGGUGGUGAUGUUGGUGGUGCAGGGAGUGAAUCGGCAGAAGUAAUAUUUCACAAUGAAGCCUACAGUAAGAGCAACAGCAGUGUUGAAGCAAGCCCAGAGAGGAUGUCUGUUAAUCAACCAUCAGAACAUCCGGCCUUUGAUGCCCAGCGUACACCAUCCCCCAAACGAGGGGCAUCUUUUGUGUCAGCUGUUAUCAGUGCUAUACGGAGUGCAGCAGCUGGAGGUGCAGGGAAACGAGCAGUACUGAAGAAUGAAGCUGUUCAGGAAGUUCAAGAGCCACAUAAAGGAAUAUCAGAUGUGGAGGUACGUGAGGAAGAGCUUAAUCAAACAGUGGUACAGGAUAAUGACGACACAUGUUUACAUACUUGCCACAGCACUGGGAAUGUCACAAAUACUGCUCUGGUUAACAGUGAAUCGUUACAGAACUUAUCACAAGCUAUCUUGAAGCGACAACAUUUUGAGCUGGUGCAAACUGAUGGUAGCUGCUGCAGUGAUGAUCUCAUGACAGUUGGCUAUGAACAGUCUGGUAUUGAACUCUUGCCACCAUUGGAAGACUGCUACCCAGCUAUAACUCUUGUGGACCAGAUUAUUGAUGUAGACAAUCUGGUCACUAAACUGCUCAAGGUUCUGCGGAUCAUUCAGCUGGAGAAUGACACCUGUGUGGAUGAACUGCAUGAUGAGAGAAUACAGCUAGCAGAGCAAGUGAGGCGAGAACAAGAAAGCAGACGAGAAGUUCAGGAAGAAAUGAGGAACCUGGAACAAAUCAGAGCAAGAUUACAUGUAGAAGUUCAAGACCUGCACCUACAAUUGCAACGAAGAGUUCAGGAACUAGAGAAUACUAGAGAUGAAUUACAGCAGCACCAAAAUCAAAUCGAGCAACUGACUAGAGAACUGCAUAAUCUAAGCUCUGUGUGCAAGCGGACAGAACAACAACUACAUUAUCAUGAAGAAGAGGCAGAGAAUAUUCUACAGCAAUGGCAAGAAUGUGGGCAACUACCAUCACCAGAAUUACUGGCUAGAGUGAUUGCUACUCAUGAUGAGAUUGCUGUCCUGAAAGAGAAAUUGGCAGAAAGAGAGCAACAAUUAAAUGAAAUAGGACAAAAAUAUUCAUUGAACAAACAAGUGCUAACAGAAAACUGGCAUCAGGCAGUUACUGAAGUGAGGCGACAAUAUGAAGCAAUUGACAGUGCACUGGAGACUCUGCAUAGCAUGCAGGGAGUGGUGAGGCAGUGCCCAUCUCUGAUGAAGCUGCAACAAGACUUAGAAGAAACUAACUUCCAGUGUGCCUCAUCCUUGCCUAUUAUUGCCGCAGAUCUCAAUGCCAAUGCUCCUCCUGUAGUAACACGCAAUGGAACUCACAAUGGCGAGAGUAAUGGUCUAGAAACAACACAUAAGUCAGGGAAUGCCAUUAAUGGUAGGGCAUAACUGAAUGAAACACUGUUGAACUUUCCAAUCAAAACAAUAAAAAAAUAAUUUUAGAAGCUGAUUGAAUGAUGUAACUGAGCAUGUUUGAAGAAUUUGCAUCUAGCAGUUAACUAUACAACAGAAACCAAUCUUGUCAUCAGAUGGCAUUGUAAUGUAUGAUGGCUGCUGUACUGUUUUGAAAUUAAAUUGAACUGAUGGAUUUAUGACUAGGGUUACUAUAAAACAAGACAUACAUUUGUUAUGACAGGAUCUCUAGUAUGAUAUUUUUGAUGCUUAUUAUUAGAAGAUAUGUUACUGAACUGUAUGAUAGAACAAUUGCCUCUAAAUUGUGAUGUAAAAAUGGGAAUCCAAAAUGGUUAGAAAUUGAAAGAGUAAGUUAAAAUGUCUGUUGCACUGUUCAUAUUAUCAGUGAGCAGUUUAAAAAGCAUGAGUCCUAUAGACAUACAAUAGAUGCAAGUUACAGUGGAACCUCGCUAACGAGCGACGUUUUGCAUAACGAGUGACAAGAGGGGAAGUCCUGGAUUGUGCGC